AUUCUGUAAUACUCCAUCUUCACCUCUAAACCUCUCAUAAACCAAUUCAAUACCUCUAAACCUCUCAUAAACCAAUUCAAUACAACACUCCUAAAGCACCCAGAAUGCCAGGAUUUGACCUCUGGUUCAAUAAUUCCCUUACCAAUGACCAAUUUCAAACCCCAUUUCACAUCAAUUCCGGCUCAGAUUCGAGUUCCUUUACGACCGGCGGCUUAUUUCUCGAACCCACAGAUUCUUCUUCGUUUCUUCGUUUCGUCCCAUCAAAAACUUCUUCAAUUGGCUUUUCUUCCUCUUGUAAACACGUGGUUUCUGGGAUUCCGAGGCAUGAAGCUUGUGUUGCAUCCAUGAACAGUGGCUUUUUUUUGUCAGUUAGCUUGAGAAGUGAUGGGCUCGUUCCGGAACCCAAGGGGUGCUUUGUUCACAGUGAAGAUAAAGGUCCUGAGGAAGCGGCGAAGAUUGAAGCGAACAAUGUUGUGAUUGAAGCCAAUGAAAAGAACAGGAAGGUCAGGGUACGUGGACGACCUGCUAUGAACGCCACUAAGCAUUUGUGGUCUGGAGCUAUUGCUGCUAUGGUUUCAAGAACUUUUGUUGCGCCACUUGAGAGACUAAAGCUGGAAUAUAUAGUUCGUGGUGAACAGAGACAUCUUUUUGAGCUCAUCAAGUCAAUUGCAGUUACUCAAGGAAUGAGAGGUUUUUGGAAGGGAAAUUUUGUUAAUAUCCUUCGCACAGCUCCAUUUAAAGCCGUAAAUUUCACUGCUUAUGAUACCUACCGGAAGCAGUUGCUUAGAUUUUCUGGGAAUGAGGAAGCUACAAAUUUUGAGAGGUUCAUUGCUGGUGCUGCCGCUGGCAUUACUGCUACUGUACUCUGCUUACCUCUUGAUACGAUACGGACAAAGAUAGUGGCACCGGGUGGGGAAGCUUUGGGUGGUGUGAUUGGUGCUUUUCGCCAUAUGAUACAAACUGAGGGGAUUUUUUCCCUUUAUAAGGGCUUAGUACCCUCUAUUGCAAGCAUGGCGCCUUCAGGUGCUGUUUUCUAUGGUGUGUAUGAUAUAUUGAAAUCUGCUUAUCUGCAUUCACCAGAAGGCAGGAAAAGGAUUCAGAAAUUGAAUGAGCAGGAGCAGGAACUGACGGCUUUUGAUCAGCUGGAGCUGGGACCUAUCAGGACAUUACUAUAUGGGGCUAUAGCUGGUGCUUGUGCUGAAGCUGCUACAUAUCCCUUUGAAGUUGUAAGGAGACAGCUUCAGAUGCAAGUUCAAUCAACCAAACUGAGUGCGAUGGCAACCUUUAUCAAGAUAGUUCAGCAAGGAGGAGUUCAAGCUCUCUAUGCAGGACUUAUUCCCAGCUUACUGCAGGUGCUUCCUUCUGCUUCAAUAAGUUACUUUGUCUAUGAGUGUAUGAAGAUAGUUCUCAAAGUGGAAUGAACAGAAACAAUGGGUCCUCCAGAGAAACAACUGUUUUGGGAAUUUAUGCUGAUAUGCUGAAGUUUACAGGAUGUUUAUAAUAACUCCUGCAUCCAAUUCUUAUCAGAAGUUGUGCAGCUGAAAAUUUUUGGAUUCUUGAGGGAUAUAAAUUGACCCUGAUGAAUUACAGAAGAGUUACUUCAUAUGUCGUUUGUACUUCUGUAUUUUAACAUGGCUUUGAAUCAAACUAUCAGAUCACAUCCUUUUCUAUCAAACUCGAUUGGUGCUUUUCUCUCUAA